AUGUCGAACCCAUCGCAAUCCUUCGAGCCCAAUCGACGAGCGACAACUUAUGGCCGGCCUGAGGAGCUGCACAUUCCGUCUGGGGGUAUGGGAGCUGCGAAUCUACAGCGACAGUCCAUGUCCCAUGAAUUCCCUGCCACCGCCGAUAACCACGUUCCGUCUAUCAAUGUCCACCCCACGAACUCUCAGCCCAACCAAUAUGGCGCCGGCGGCAAUAACACGGCUCUUCCAGGCGCGCUUCAGCCAGGAAACGCCAACCGCCCCCCAGCAGUAUCUAUAAACACCGCUCCGUCUGGCAUUCCUACCCUUUCCCAGAUGUCUACACAGUUACAGCAACAACCGCAGCCGCAGCCGCAACACCAGCAACCACCACCACAGCAGCCGCAGCCUCCGACAACGCCCCGCUCCAACAUGAGCAACGCUCAUGGACACUCGAGAUCUAGCCCGGCAAAUGCUAGGUAUGGGUCAUCACCUGGUGCUGGGUUCCCGCCUCAUACUCCACAAGGCGCGAAAUACUCUCCUUUGGGACUGGCCGACAUCCGGCCGACAGGCGAUCUUCUGGGUGACCCUAUCACCAGCCCCGGGUCGUUACCCUUCAAUGGAGACAAUCAAGUGCCGUCAAAUAGCAAUUAUAUUGCACCUUGGCCGAUAUAUGCAGUAGAUUGGUGUAAAUGGCCAAUUCCUGGGAACUCGGGCUCCUUUGGGGGCAAGAUUGCGCUUGGAAGUUAUUUAGAAGAUAACCACAAUUAUAUACAAAUCAUUGAUACCCACUGGACUAAACCAGACCCAGAUACACCGGAUGCAGCAACUGGCGAGAUUAAGCUGGAAUAUGUCAAAACGGCAGAGGCCACACAUUCGUACCCCGUCACGCGAAUACUGUGGGAACCUCCAUCAUCUCAAAAGCAGUCUACUGAUCUCCUGGCGACAUCGGGGGAUCAUUUGCGGCUAUGGUCCCUGCCUGCGAAUCAGCCGGUGCAGAGCUCAAACUCGAUUACAAGAUCGGCGACCCAAAGGGAUACGCCUUCCGCUAAACUUUCUCCGUUGGCGUUACUCUCGAACUCAAAAUCUCCCGAGCAUACUGCCCCCAUCACCUCGCUCGACUGGAACACGAUAUCUCCAAGCUUGAUUAUCACGUCCAGCAUCGACACGACUUGCACCAUUUGGGAUAUCCCUACACUCACCGCCAAGACGCAACUGAUUGCACACGAUAAGGAAGUGUAUGACGUUCGAUUCUGCGCAAACAGCGUCGAUGUUUUUGUCAGUUGCGGUGCCGAUGGUAGUGUGCGCAUGUUUGAUCUCCGCAGUCUGGAGCACAGUACUAUCAUCUACGAACCGACGGAAAAGAGUGAUAAGCGGGUUUCGUCCACAGUAGUCAGUCCCGGAAAUGGCAGCCCCUCGGCCCCGGCAUCCAUAUGGCCUCCGCCGCUUCUCCGAAUCGCAGCAUCACCUCAUGACGCCCACCUUUUAGCCACGUUUUCUCAGGACUCCAAUAUUGUCCGUGUCCUAGAUGUUCGUCAACCCGGCCAGGCCCUGUUAGAACUCAAGGGCCAUGGCUCCUCCAUCAACUGCGUGGAAUGGUCCCCGAACCGCCGUGGCCUGCUCGCCUCCGGCGCAGACGACUGCUGCGUUCUUCUGUGGGACCUCAUGAACCAGCACAACGCCGCGUCUGUCCCGCCCCCGGUGCACACUCCCGGUGCGCCCUCGGCCACCCAGGAACGUGGUCCUGCUGCCGCGUGGCAGUGUGAUUACGAAGUCUCCAACAUCAGCUGGUCACCGCAAGGCGGGACAACCGGCGCAGGGCAUCCGCGGGAUUGGUUAGGAGUGUGCGGUGGACGGGGAGUUUGGGGUGUUGCACUAUGA